AUGGCGAUCUGUACUUAUGACGAACCUACGCUUGCAUCGGAAGCGGCCAUCGAAGAUCUGGUGAUGCAAGCUAAGAAGAUCAAGUACGACGUCAUCGGACUUACCGAGACGAGACGACGUCACCCUCACAACGCCGUAUAUGAGACUGGAGAAGAACUGUUCUUAGGAACAUGCGACAGUGGAGGUGUUGGAGGAGUUGGCGUCCUCGUCAACACGAGUAAGGCAAAGAACAUCGACUCUUCCGAACAACUCACGACCCGAAUCGGCCGUUGGGGACGAGAAGAUGUGGUCCAAUACCAGCUUUGA